AGGGGUAGAGGAAUGCGAUGCCCGAGUCGGGACACCUCCCCCUUCCUUCCUCAGGGGCUGCGGCUGCUCCUUCUCUCACGAGCCGGUGUUUGCGGUAACAUGCCUUGCACAGUGGCCUUUUGGAGACAACGCCUUAACCAAAAGAAGUGAUUUGUACUGUGAGAACUUCGGGUUUGCUGUUAAUAUUGGUGGUAUGUCUGACAGUGGAUCACAGCUUGGUUCAAUGGGUAGCCUGACCAUGAAAUCACAACUGCAGAUCACUGUCAUCUCAGCAAAACUCAAAGAAAAUAAAAAGAACUGGUUUGGACCAAGUCCUUAUGUAGAAGUCACGGUUGAUGGACAGUCAAAGAAGACGGAAAAAUGCAAUAAUACCAACAGUCCCAAAUGGAAGCAAUCUCUCACAGUUAUUGUUACCCCUGUGAGUAAAUUACAUUUUCGUGUAUGGAGUCACCAGACAUUGAAAUCUGAUGUCUUGUUGGGAAGUGCUGCAUUAGAUAUUUAUGAAACCUUAAAGUCGAACAACAUGAAACUUGAAGAAGUGGUUGUGACUUUGCAGCUUGUAGGUGACAGAGAACCAACAGAGACGGUCGGAGACUUGUCAGUGUGUCUUGAUGGGCUGCAGUUAGAUUCCGAGGUCGUCACUAAUGGUGAAACUACAUGUUCAGAAAGUGCUUCACAGAAUGAUGAUGGCUCCAGAUCUAAGGAGGAAACAAGAGUGAAUGCAAAUGGAUCAGAUGACCCUGAGGAUGCAGGCUCUGGCGAAUAUAGGAGGAUCAAUGGGAAUAAUUCUCCAUCUCUCUCAAACGGUGGUUUUAAACCUUCUAGACCACCAAGACCGUCUCGACCACCUCCACCUACCCCACGUAGACCAGCAUCUGUCAAUGGUUCACCACCUGCUACUUCUGAAAGUGAUGGAUCCAGUACAGGUUCUCUGCAAACAAGUACAAGUACAAGUACGAACACAAGUACAAGUGCAUCUGAAGGAGCAGCAUCUGGAUUAAUAAUUCCUCUUACUAUAGCUGGAGGUGCAGGCCCUAGGCCAUUAAAUCCUGUCACUCAAGCUCCCCUCCCACCUGGUUGGGAGCAGAGAGUGGACCAGCAUGGGCGAGUUUACUAUGUAGAUCAUGUUGAAAAAAGAACCACAUGGGAUAGACCUGAGCCUCUACCUCCUGGCUGGGAACGGCGAGUGGACAACAUGGGACGUAUUUAUUAUGUUGACCAUUUUACAAGAACAACAACGUGGCAGAGGCCAACCUUGGAAUCCGUCCGGAACUAUGAACAGUGGCAGCUACAGCGUAGUCAACUUCAAGGAGCAAUGCAGCAGUUCAACCAGAGAUUCAUCUAUGGGAAUCAAGAUUUGUUUGCUACAUCACAAAAUAAAGAAUUUGAUCCCCUCGGUCCUUUGCCACCAGGGUGGGAAAAGAGAACUGACAGCAAUGGCAGAGUGUAUUUUGUCAACCACAACACCCGAAUUACACAGUGGGAAGAUCCACGAAGUCAAGGUCAGUUAAAUGAAAAGCCCUUACCUGAAGGCUGGGAAAUGAGGUUCACAGUGGAUGGCAUUCCGUAUUUUGUGGACCAUAAUAGAAGAACAACCACCUACAUAGAUCCUCGCACAGGAAAAUCUGCCCUAGACAAUGGGCCACAGAUAGCCUAUGUUCGGGACUUCAAAGCGAAGGUUCAGUAUUUCCGCUUCUGGUGUCAGCAACUGGCCAUGCCACAGCACAUAAAGAUCACAGUGACAAGAAAAACAUUGUUUGAAGAUUCCUUUCAACAGAUAAUGAGCUUCAGUCCUCAGGAUCUGCGAAGACGUUUGUGGGUGAUUUUCCCUGGAGAAGAAGGUUUAGAUUAUGGAGGUGUAGCAAGAGAAUGGUUCUUUCUUUUGUCACAUGAAGUGUUGAAUCCAAUGUAUUGCCUGUUUGAAUAUGCAGGGAAGGAUAACUACUGCUUGCAGAUAAACCCUGCUUCUUACAUCAAUCCAGAUCACCUGAAAUAUUUUCGCUUUAUUGGGAGGUUUAUUGCCAUGGCUCUGUUUCAUGGGAAAUUCAUAGACACGGGUUUCUCUUUACCAUUUUAUAAACGUAUCUUGAACAAACCAGUUGGACUUAAGGACUUAGAGUCAAUAGAUCCUGAAUUUUAUAAUUCUCUCAUCUGGGUUAAAGAAAACAAUAUUGAAGAAUGUGGUUUGGAAAUGUACUUCUCAGUUGAUAAAGAAAUUCUAGGUGAAAUUAAGAGUCAUGAUUUGAAACCAAAUGGUGGCAAUAUUCUUGUAACAGAAGAAAAUAAGGAGGAAUAUAUCAGAAUGGUAGCUGAAUGGAGGUUGUCUCGAGGUGUUGAAGAACAGACUCAAGCUUUCUUUGAGGGCUUUAAUGAAAUUCUUCCCCAGCAAUAUUUGCAAUACUUUGAUGCAAAAGAAUUGGAGGUUCUUUUAUGUGGAAUGCAAGAGAUUGAUUUGAAUGAUUGGCAAAGACACACCAUUUAUCGUCAUUAUACUCGAACCAGCAAGCAAAUCAUGUGGUUUUGGCAGUUUGUUAAAGAAAUAGAUAAUGAGAAGAGAAUGAGACUUCUGCAAUUUGUUACUGGAACCUGCCGAUUGCCAGUAGGAGGAUUUGCUGAUCUCAUGGGGAGCAAUGGACCACAGAAAUUCUGCAUUGAAAAAGUUGGGAAAGAGAACUGGUUACCCAGAAGUCAUACAUGUUUUAACCGCCUAGACCUGCCACCCUACAAGAGCUAUGAGCAACUGAAGGAAAAGUUGUUGUUUGCCAUUGAAGAAACAGAAGGAUUUGGACAAGAGUGACUUCUGAAAACUUGAACCACUGAAGUAUAAGAGCUUAAUUGCAGUGCUUGUCCUUUUCCUUCUCUGCCUGUUGCACAUCUUGUUGUAAAAUUGGACUGUGACUUUAGAGAGUUAUCUGAGUGUAAGUAAAUUGUUUCCCAGCGAUCUGGAUUUCUAUUCAACAUUUCCAGAAAUUUUAUCUGCAAAUGACUAGUGACACUUAACAUGAGACUUAACAGCAAUGAAU